AAAUUAUCCGACUUAAUUACCUGGGCUCCAGGUAACGAUGAUAUUAAUGUUUCUCGAGUGACACUUAAGCAACGACCUGAGUGGAGAAGAACGAAGUCUGCGGACGAACAACAUAAAAGAGAUUUAAGAAUCAAUGUUAUUAAUGAUAACUUUGAAGAAGGCGCAUCGGGUUCUAAUGACAUGGAAUUAUUAGUACGUGGACCGGAUGGUCAGAUAAAUAAGGAUGGUUUUAACCCGUUUUUUGCUGAUAAAUUUGGUGUGUUUCAAAUGGCUAUUUAUUAUAAAUUUGAUGGGUGGUUUAUUAACAUUGAAUCUAAUUUGCUUGGAGGAGAAAGGACUGCACGACAACUAAUUCAAUGGUUGAAAUAUUUAACUCAAGAAAUGCAUAAAAAUAUUCAAACUUUUCUAAUUAAUAGGUAUGAUUCUGUAACAACAGCAGGACAAAUAAAAUAUCAGAAUAUAUUAAAUGAUAAAAACAUUUCUUUUUUCAAUGUGUGUGAUGGGUUAUUUACCAAUUAUUGGUAUGAUAAAAAUGGUCCUACAUUUUCUGCUAUGGCAGCUGGCCAAAGAAGCCGUGAUGUUUAUACUGGUAUUGAUACUUAUGGGCGUGGAACCUAUGGAGAAGCUAUUAAACAUGGAAAAACUUCGGCAGGAAUCUUUGCUCCAGCUUGGACUUUCUUUGAAGUGUCGGGUGAUACUUUUGCUAAUGAUCGCCUGUUUUGGGUUGGUAGUCCUCCUGGUGUCGUUAGUAAGUUUUUAUAUGGUUAUUCGAUUGGGAUUACACGGUGGAUUAAUAAAAGCGAAAUGUUAAAGGCUAUGUGUUUACUAGACAGGCGUCCUGGUGUGGCUGAUUAUGUUGUUCCAAAAUGUGUCCCUAAAAGUACAAGCUUUUACACAAAUUUUUCUCUAGGAACUGGGCAUCAAUUCUUCAUUGAAGGAAAAUCAAUGAUAGGACUUCAAGAUUGGUUUAACUUAAGUCAUCAGUCUAUUAGUCCAAACAAUUUAACAUUUCAACUCCCACGACCAAACUCUCUCUGGUGGGAUUAUACUUUCGACACAGCCUAUAACGGUGGCACCUCAUUAGCUAUAAAUUCUAGUGGUCAAUUCAUUUUGCCAUUUGCUAAACUUCCACUAUACACACUUUCUCUACAAUUCCCUCUACAAACACCAUUAAAACUAAGUAUCACAUAUCUCCCAAAGCAAACAGAUCUAAAAUUAUCCCCGUAUAUAAAAAUAGAAUCGAACUCAAUUAAUAACUCUACUCAAGGUCAAAGUUUUAUUACGUCUGAAGGAGCUCUUGUACCGGACUCUGCAAAUACAGUUCAAAUUGAAUUGGUUUCUGAUUUUGGUGCCGUUACAUCACAAUCAUUUACUCCUACAAACACGAUUUCAAGGAAUAAUGGGUGGAUCACAUCAGAAUUCAUUUUGACUCGUUCAAUUUUUAGAGAUAGUUCUUCAAGUACCUUAAGCGGAGAUGUUACAAUUAGAAACGAUUUAGUGAUUCAGGAACUUGGAAUUUCUCUAUACAAUUUAAAAAACCCCACCUCUCAUAAUAUCACUAGACAAUUAUUGGGAUAUGUUGGUGAACUUUCUAUCAUACCUCAAAAUACAAAGCCUGAUAUAAAUAUAGAAAUGGUCCAAAACGUUGAGUUUGAAAGAAAGAUGUUCGAUACGCCUGAUCUAGAUGAAUUAAGUGAUGAAGUUAUUUUUGUGUGGGGGAUAAUCAGAUGGAACGUUACGUCCACUCCUAACCAAGAAUCCUCUACACAUACACACAUUAAUCCUAAUGCCGAUCUUUUAGAUGCUUCUGUCGAGAAACAACUAGCACUAACACCAGCUGUUACAAGUUUAGAAAAUACAUUUGCAUAUUAUAAUAUUUACGUUGGGAUAUCACCAUCAUCUUUAAGCACGUCUCCUGAUUUAAACGAAUUAACAUUUUUGGGAAUUUCUGAUACCACGCAAUUCUCUAUUUGUGGUUAUGGUGUCAUGAAAAGUGAAGUCGAUGGAUUGGCAAUAUGGAUUCAAGGGGUCUAUGAAAUUGAUGGGAGCGGUGUUGAUAAAACCAAGUGGGGAAUGGUUUGGGUUGAUUUAAAGAAUUGA